AUGGAAAAGGAAAAGACCGGCCAAAAGAAUGGUCUGAGUCAAAUACCUGAGGUGAUUGAUCCUGGGAUUACGUUGCCAUUAUACGAAGAGCAACUGGUGCAAGGCGAUCUCAAUCAGCCGCAAAAGUUGGGCUCUUAUAGAGUGAGAGCGGGCAAGUUUUCAAAUACGUUGAGCAAUCUUUUGCCGAACAUUAGUGCCAAGCUUCAUCAUACGCGGAAGUCAUCAGGGACUCCAAAGAACGCCCAAGACAGCACACAUAGCCGGUCGUCGAGCACGAACACCAGUGGUAGCCAGGUGAGCAUUUCUGGCCACAUUACGCCUCCCAACCCGGCUGAAAACAUGGUACAAGUGCCAGACGCGGGGUUUUUCAUUUCUCAGCCGAGAAGAUCAGACGACUCGUUCACUUUUAACAGCGGGCAAAAUUUGCAGACUACGUCCUCCAACACGGUGUCUCGGACCAGAAACAAUACAGUGUCGUCGCAGAUCACUUCGAUUUCGUCAAUACAGCAAGCACCAGCAUCUGCUAGUAAUCUGUGGUCUGCAACUACUUCCCCAAAUGAACAACCUGUGGUUGGCGUUGCUGCACCUUUCAAUCCCAGUCCCCUCAACGAGUAUUCGACAAACACCUAUUUUGACAUUAAUAUGAAUAAUAAUACCAGUAAUUUGACUGUCCCUACUUCUGUGGGAAACAUCUGGGGUGCGAGACCACGCUCCCAAUCUAACGCCUCUAGCAUUUACACUGAUGCGCAGGUGUAUGACAAUCCAGCCGCCAGCCGGUCGAGGGCGUCCACCUUUGGACUUGGCAUGGAGCAGCCGCAGAUCAUUCUCAACAAUACACCUCUCAAAUCCCAUCAACCGCCAACUCCCUUGGUCGCAGACGACGUUGAUCCGAGAGCAAUCAAUUGGGUUACAACCGACGUGACUGUUCCCACCAUAAAUCAGAUUUCCAAUAUGUUACCAACAAAUACAGUUUCCAUUUCAAAUGUUUUUUCUUUGCAGCAGCAGCAACCCCAUCUUGCCAACGCUAUUAAUUUAACAAGCACUAGUUUGGCUACUUUGUGUUUGAAGUUCGGUAACGUAAUUUCGGCGAGAACAUUGAAGGACAUCAACAUGGCGUUAGUCGAAUUCGAUACUGUUGAAGCCGCAAUGCGUGCCAAAGAAGUCUUGCAGGGCAAAGAAGUAUCAUUGGUGGGUGCUCCCAGUACAGUAUCUUUUGCAAAAGUUUUACCAAUGCAUCAGCAAUCAAGUACAUCUUCACAAGCUACUGCUACUAAUGCUGGUGCAGGACCCCAAUCUCUAUUGCAAGAGCAACUCUAUAGUGGUGCUGUCACAUUCCAGCAGCAAGGUAAUGUUUCAAUUCCUGUAUUGAAUAACCAAUCUGCCCAAACUUCAACGAGCCACCCGAAUAAUCAUUCAACCACACAUGUAUCAACAGAAAAGGAACACUGUCCUUUUCCUUUACCACCUCCAAGUGUUUCAGAUUACACAUAUGCCCUUGAAGACACUAUAACAUCUUUUAGUACAAGUCAUGACUCCUCACAAACUAAACAUAUUAUCGAAAACGCAUUGAGCUAUGACGGCACUUCUGACACCUCGGAUUUUGGUCCUCUACCGGAUCCUUUACCAAAUCGGGAAUUUGAUGCUCCAAAGCUGCGUGAAAUCCGUAAAGCGAUUGAUGCCAAUUCAAUGAAAGACUUGGAAAUUGAACAGCUCGCCAUUGCAAUGUUAGAUGAGCUGCCAGAACUAUGUUCGGACUAUUUGGGUAAUACAAUUGUUCAAAAAUUGUUUGAGCAUUCGUCCACAAUCAUUAAGGAUAUAAUGUUGAGAAAAACAAACAAGUAUCUGACGUCUAUGGGUGUCCAUAAGAACGGUACUUGGGCAUGCCAAAAAAUUAUCACCAUGGCUGAUACACCAAGACAAAUGAUGCUGGUUGCCCAGGGAGUGGAACGUUAUUGCACUCCUCUAUUUAAUGACCAAUUUGGUAACUAUGUCAUUCAAUGUGUUUUGAAAUUUGGAUUUCCUUGGAACAAUUUUAUUUUCGAAGAUAUUGUUUCUAAUUUCUGGACAAUUGCUCAGAACAGAUACGGAGCCAGAGCUGUUAGAGCAUGCUUAGAAGCUCACGACAUAAUAACGAGAGAACAGUUAUUAGUUUUGAGUGCUAUGAUCGUCCUUUAUGCUGAAUAUUUGGCAACGAACAGCAACGGCGCUUUGCUAGUAACAUGGUUCUUGGAUACAUGUACUUUACCUCACAGGCAAUCCAUACUAGCUCCUAAACUAGUCUCCUGCAUAGUGGAGCUAUGUUGUCAUCGACUAGCAUCGUUAACAGUUCUCAAGGUUUUGAAUUAUAGAGGAGACGAUAAAGCGAAGCGUUUAAUUUUGGAAAGUGUUUUCGGGAAAAAGGAAAGCGUUGAGUUUCCCCAAGCUCUAUAUCAAAUUCUAUGUGACAACAAUUAUGGACCUACUUUCCUGUACAAAGUUCUCUCCAUGUCUUUACUGGAAGGCGAUGUGAGGAUGCACGUAAUCCAGCAAGUGCGUAAAGUUUUGAUGGAGAUAAACACGACUCAACAGCAUCGUCGCCUGAUGGAAGAAGUUGGUUUGGGGUCAGCCGCAACUCAAGCAGGUGUUCAGGGAAAUGGCAAACACCGUCCUAGUAUGUCACAUGUUUUCAACACGGAUGCCGCUGGACAUAUGAGAAAUGUGUCCGUAGGAAGUGUGAUGAGCAACGGUUCCCGUCCCAGGGCUAUGUCAAAUGGCGGCGGUCCACAGGUUGUAAUGGCCGGUUCCUCUACCGUUCCAAUUGCCGCUACUAGUACGACACAGCAGAAAUUGAACGUUCCAGGCGGUUAUUACAACUACCCAGGCGUUUUUCCACUUAGCGUCGGUAGCAAUGGUUACUCAGUCAAUGCAGAUGAUCUCUCUUCUCAGUUGGACAUGAUGACUUUGAAUAAUGGAACGCAAAUAUCGCUACCCCAGCUAAGCAUGAAUAAUAAUAACAAUCAUUUGAAUACCUCGAAUAGCAAUAAUGGUAACGGGUAUGGGAUGUUCGGCUAUUGA